CGGCGGUAGUUUUGUUGUGAUCGAAGAUGAGCAUAAAGAAUAAUUUUUUUAUUUUCACCAUCGUAUUUAAAAAAUGGAAUCUAAAAGAGCAGCUGAGCAGUCUUUUCUACGACCACCCUUUCCAGUUGAUUUGGUUGAAACUGGUUUGCGCCAGAAAAAGAGUUUGUUAUGCGUAGCGAAAGCAAAAAGUAAGUUUUUCAUUGCUGUCAAACUUGUUGAAGAAGUUAAAAGACGAAGCUCUCCAGGGAAAACAGCUCUUGUUUUAUCAGAAAAUAUCGAAGGCGAUUUUGUUAAAGAAUUCUCCAGAGCAGUGGAUUUACAGACUGAUCUCAAAAGAAUAAGCUUAGAAGAUGUCAGAAACAAAACAGCUUCAGAUAGUCUUGAUGCUAAUGUACUUGUAACCACUAUACAAGGCACUGUUGACCUCUUUGAGUCAAAUAUAUUGUCUGUAGAAAAAGUAAAUUUGGUCAUCAUAGAUGACUGUCUUAUAGAAAAUGACGUAGUCAUCUUUGAUCGUGAUGAGGUCUAUUUUUAUCUUCCACCUUUUCUCAGUGUUAUUGAACUUCUAACAUCACAUGAACAAAUGCCGCAGCCAAUCAUAAUUGGUCUUUUGUCAGAUCUCCCUGUCUCUUCUCCUGAAAAGAUUGAGUCCAUGCUACCAGCAACAGAAUUGGCCUUUGGGUGCUCUUUUUCAGUAUCAAGUGAUUUGGUAGCUAUGAACAGAUUUGGAGAACAACCUCAAGAAAAACUCAUAAAGUGCUCUGUUCUAGCCGAUGAAGCUGAAAAAGUUAAACAAAUAUUCACUAUCGUAAUGUCUACACUUAGUAACUUUUUACUAAUACAUGAAGAGAGCCAGCUAGUGAGAAUAAGGCGGCAGUGUGUACUUUGUUAUAAGAUCCUUGGACACUUUGGUUGCUACGCCGCCAUAUAUCAUGCAAGAUUAAUCAUGAGAGAAAUCUCAAAGCUGAAAAAAAAAGUCAGUGAGUUAGAAAAGCCACAUCUUUUACGCUGUGAGACCCAACUACAAUCACUGUUGCAGUAUAGCAAGAAGGAUGAAAUACCUGAUAUCACUCCCCUGGUGAAAAAUAUUCUUACAAGUUUGUCAUAUUUGAAACCUAAGUCUACUUCAGGCUCAAAAACAACCUAUUUGUCAACUAGUAAUGAAAAUGAUGACACUGCAUCAUCUUUUAAGGUUGCAAGUAACACUAAUGAAGGUCGCCAUGGUGAUAAUCCAGUCAGUAUAAUUUUGUGCUUUUUAGAUCAAGAAGCCAUGGUAUUGAACCUCCUGUUAAAUACGCUGGCAAAAACCAAUCCCGAAAUGGCUUUCCUUCGCAGUCGACAUAUCUCAAGUGCAAUGAUCAAACCGAAUGACAUGAGUACAGACWUCGACACAGAUGAAAGAAUCAAUGAAGACAUCAUAAGACUUAUUUGUGAUGGACAAGUUAACAUUGUGGUCACUAGUCCAGAUAUGGAGAAUGAUAUUUAUCUUGGACAGUGUAAACAAGUGAUAAGGAUUGGCAUUCCUCAAGACUAUCUGUCGUAUGUUAGAGUCAAAAAUAUACCAAGGAUGGCUCAUGCUCAAUUCAUUAUUCUUGAAUCAGAAGACAAGGAUAAUGGGAAUAGUAUGCUGCGAUACAAUGCUUUUAAACAGACAGAAGGUAUCUUGACAACAAGAUGUUCAUCACAUCAAACUGUCCCUAAGCCUGAUGUAUUGUCAUUAGAUCUAGCUGACUGUUCACUGAAUGGAGAAGACAGGCCCUGUAUUGAUGCUAAUGAUGCUAUUGCACUUAUUAACAGGUAUUGCAAAGCAUUUCCUAGUGAUGGUUUCGGCUGUGCUGUCCCUCGAUGUCGCGAGAAGCUGAUCAAGGAAAAAGAUCAGACCCGUGUCGUAUCCAAGUUGUACUUACCUCGACAUUCUCCUGUAUUCUGGUCGUUCAAGGGUACAGCAACUAUUCCUAGAAAACAAUCUAAACGACCAGCUACACCUGAGGAAUUGGCCAAGGCUCGCAUUGAAAGCAAGACGCGUGCAGCAUUACUAGCCUGUCAAGCACUGCUUGAUGUAGACGAAAUGAACGACCAACUGGAACCUACGAUAAGACACACCAAUGUCUCUCUAAAAAAAGCUGAUGAAAAAUGUGAUGGUGAAGUUGCUGAUGGAGGUCAGGGUGUUGAGGGGUCGGCAAAGAGACGAAGAGCCUAUCACAAGAAGUUUGCAACCGUCUUGACGAAGAACCUUGCAGUAGCUGAAGAGCCAGUCUACGUGUAUAGUAUAACAGUGGCAGUAAAUAAGCUCGCUAGACAUGAGGGUAAAGUACGAUCUUACAAUGUCCCAUCUACAGAUGUCUCAAGUGUCUCACUGGGUUUUCUAUCGAGAAAUCGACUUCCGAAGCUGCCAAACUUCGUCCUCUUCAGCAAAGCCGGCGAGUUAAAGGUAUCAAUCACUGAAUGCCUAAGCACAACUACCCUGAGCCCCGAACAGUUAGCACUGGUCCAGCGGUUCCACCAGUAUGUCUAUGCUCACAUCAUUAACAUUAAUGGAGAGAAUGAAGAGCAAUGCUUUCGCUUUGAUCCUGAAGAACAAUCCUUUGGGUGCUAUCUUGUGCUCCUCAGUGGGUUAUCAGUGGAUCCAGAACCAAGUAGUGUUAAAUACAGUAGCGAAUCAAUGAAGGAGGUCAAAGAGGGCACUGAAUAUGACUUAACUUUACAAAGCUGCAAGGAAAGGACUAAUGACGAAAGUGAAACCCAACGAUCCUCUACAGAAGAGCUUGGGAAUACUUUAAGAGCAGACACUCAAGACACCGCACAUGAGAACAGAGCUGAGAAUUUAACAAUUGCAUUUGAUUUUCUUGAAGACUUAGAAAAACAGCUUGGAGACUUCAGGAAUCCCCAGCACCCUUCAGUAACAGAGACAAGAAAUUAUGAAAUAUUUCGAAAUCGAGUUGUCACCGCGACUUACAUGGCCAAACCAACGAGUUACUUUGUUGCGGAUAUCUGYUACGACAUGACUCCCUUGUCACCGUUCCCGGAUCCCUCGGUUGCUGCUACUUUUGCGGAGUAUUACAAAGAGAGGUAUGAUGUAGUGCUGCGUGAAGAUCAGCCUCUACUCACCAUGGACUGCAUUAGUAAGAGGCAACUGAAUUUACUGUCAUCUCGUUAUCAGGAUACUAAAGGGAAAAACCUUGCCCUUCCUGAUAAAAACUCAAAGAGGAGUCAAAGAUCAAAGAUCAAUCUGAUACCACAGCUUUGUUCAAUCCACCCCAUAUCAGCUUCGCUCUGGCAACAAAUGUUGUAUAUCCCAUCCAUAAUGUACCGACUGGAGUGCCUUCUAGUCGCGGAAGAGUUAAGACAUACUAUAGCCCUUCAAACAGGAAUCGGAAGCAUUGAAUAUCCAGGUGAUGACCUUCCUUUGUUAGCUACUGGAGAGUCAGUUGGAGAAAACAGUACUGAAGGCUUGUUUGAGGAGAGCAAUUCAGAACGAAGCAAGCAGGAACAAACUGAGGUGCCUAAAGACCGACCAGAGCCUUCCAGGAAGAAAGAAACUGAGGUGCCUAAAGACCGACCAGAUUCUUCCAGGAAGGAACAAACUGAGGUGCCUAAAGACCGACCAGAGCCUUCCAAGAAGGAAGAAACUGAGGUGCCUAAAGACCGACCAGAUUCUUCCAGGAAGGAACAAAUUGAGGUGCCUAAAGACCAACCAGAGCCUUCCAGGAAGGAAGAAACUGAGGUGCCGAAAGACCGACCAGAGCCUUCUAGGAAUGGACAAGCUGAGGUGCCUAAAAACCGACCAGGACCUUCUGCGACUCUUUUCCUGCGAGCCUUAACUUGUCUUGGCGCUUGUGAUGUGUUCUCGCAUGAACGACUAGAGAUGUACGGAGACGCCCUUAUCAAACAUUCUGUUUCCUUGAACUUGUACCACGAAUGUCCUUUCUCAAACGUGGGUCAAAUAUCGUUCCUAAGAGGGCUACAUGUUAGUAACAGGCAGCUGUUUUACCUUGGGCGCGCACUGGACUUACCAUCAUAUAUCUGUAAUGUACCCUUUAAGCCUUUGGUCAAUUGGCAUCCUCACGGAUUUACUGCGCUAUCGUGUGCUAAAACCCAGGCGAGAUAUCUGGAACUGAACGCUGCAGAACAAGGGAUUGACUUGAGUGAUAAUGAAGAUGAGAAAAGUGAGAAAGACGAAGCAGCUUGUGUGAAACCCGGACAAGCAGCAUUGAUUGAUGGUCAGAAUCACGUGGUUGUGUCAGACAAGACUGUAGCUGAUGCAACUGAGGCGAUCAUUGGUGCGUAUUUGGUCACGUGUGGAUUUAAUGAUGCUCUUCGGCUCAUGAAAUGGAUUGGUUUAGACGUACGGACUAAGAAACCCCAAGAGAACAUAUCAUCCACGUCAACGAUGUCUACACCAGAGUAUGUAGAUGAGCAAGAAACAUCUGACUUUGAUGAAGAAUUUUUUGACAACUCCUUGCGUCUUAGUAAGGAAAGCCUAGAUGUUGAGUUCAAAGAGAUUGAAGAGGUCUUAGGGUACACCUUCAGAGACAAGCUUCUUCUCCUUCAAGCGUUCACGCACGCUUCUUACCCACGUGACUUCAUUCACGUGCGUACAAGCUACGAACAUCUUGAACUUCUUGGAGAUGCCGUGUUAGAUUAUUUGAUUACUCGUUAUUUAUACUACACUCAGCGAACCAUGGCUCCUGGUGCUUUAACAGACCUGAGGUCAGCGGUUGUCAACAGUUACAGCUUUGCUUUCUUGGCGGUCAAGUACGGCUUCCAUAGGCAUCUGCGAUCAUUAUCGCCAGCGGUUUUUAAGCUGGUGAAUAAGUUUGUGGUCGUUCAGGAUGGUAUGAUGAAGAAGGAGAUGAAAGAAAAUCCCGACCAGAUUUUCUCCAGUGUGUUUAUUCCCAUGGAUGAUGAAGCAGGAGAAGGCGUUGAGGUUCCUAAAGUCUUGGCAGAUCUGUUCGAGUCGGUCAUCGGUGCUGUUUUUAUUGAUUGUGGUCAAGAUGAAGAGAAGACCUGGGAUGUGGUAUAUCCUUUGUUACAAGCUACUUUAGAGCAUUAUUCCAUCCACCUGCCUGUGUCACCAGUCAGACAGCUACAGGAGAUGUUACCAUCAUCUGUGUCCUUACUAUCUAUGGAUCGUAGCGUAGCUGGUAAAUACACUUGUACACUGCUUGUUCAAGGAAUUGGUAAAUUCAAGGGAACUGGUAGAAAACCCAAGAUUGCAAGGUCAACAGCCGCCCAACGAGCACUGGCUCAUAUACAGUCACAAAGUGGAAAAGCGUCCACUAAAAACACAUAGAACAUUAGUAUCUUCCUAAACUCUCGUGUUUUCAUUAUUUUAUAUGUCUUCUGAAUAUCACUAACCCCAUGAUGAGGAAUUCUUAUAGGGUUAAAAAUAGGGUCAUUUUUAGCCGAAAAGCUAACUAAAAAGCUACUAUAUUACUUGGUUUUGAUCGAUUUUGGGUGCUUUUUCUCACCAUUUUAAAGACAUUUUCUAUCAAGCAUAUGAAAAGGGAAAUUUUUGACCAAACGCAUGGCCUAUAACCCAUAAUUUUCAUCAAUAUCGAGUGUUUUCCACACCUUUUAAAUCAAUAAAUAACAGUAAAUAAAUAAGUAAUGGGAUUAACA